AAGAGAUCAAGAUGAUAGUGGGUAUCCGUCGUAGCAGCAUGAGCAGCAGCUGUGGCAGCAGUGGUUACUAUAGCAGCAGUCCCACCCUCAGUAGCAGCCCCCCGGUGCUCUGUAACCCAAAGUCAGUGUUGAAGAGACAAGUGAGUCCUGAGGAGCUGCAGACCCCAGGAGGCCCUUACAUAAAGAAGACAUUCACAAUCGUGGGGGAUGCGGUGGGCUGGGGCUUCGUGGUGCGGGGCAGUAAGCCCUGCCACAUCCAGGCUGUCGACCCCAGUGGUCCCGCAGCUGCAGCUGGGAUGAAGGUGUGUCAGUUUGUGGUCUCGGUCAACGGGCUAAACGUGCUGUCUCUGGACUACAGGACAGUCAGUAACCUCAUCCUGACCGGGCCCAGGACCGUUGUCAUGGAAGUCAUGGAGGAAGCAGAUUACUGAAGAGGCAGGCUAUCACGUGGCAGGGGGCGUGGCUGAGCAGAGUAGACCCAAGGCAGAAUCUAAAGACACCAUAGAGAUAGAAGUGCCUUUAUGGAACUCUAUGGGGAAACUCUCUCUGGGCUUCUCACUCUAUGGGAAACUCUCUCUGGGCUUCUCACUCUAUGGGAAACUCUCUCUGGGCUUCUCACUCUAUGGGAAACUCUCUCUGGGCUUCUCACUCUAUGGGAAACUCUCUCUGGGCUUCUCACUCUAUGGGAAACUCUCUCUGGGCUUCUCACUCUAUGGGAAACUCUCUCUGGGCUUCUCACUCUAUGGGAAACUCUCUCUGGGCUUCUCACUCUAUGGGAAACUCUCUCUGGGCUUCUCACUCUAUGGGAAACUCUCGCUGGGCUUCUCACUCUAUGGGAAACUCUCUCUGGGCUUCUCACUCUAUGGGAAACUCUCUCUGGGCUUCUCACUCUAGGAAAGACUCAGUCAAGCUCUGCCAGCCACCACCCACGUCUCCUUCCUAUUGGACACUGCUUCCCUCUGAUGGCCUCCAAUAGAACUGCUUGGAGAAGAGCGAGGGACAUUAGUUACUCUGUUAGAUGCACACAUCUUGUCAUUGGUCUCCUGUCUCAUCUGUCUAGUUGAUGUUGAGACAUCAGAUGGACCCUGAUAACAUAACAGCCCCCUGCUCCAUGAUUAGGGGACUGUGCCCUGCUGUCCCCUUCUGGUUGCUCACUGUCUCCUGUGGUCUGUGUUUUCUUUAUGUAUUGAUGGUACUACCUAUGUGUGAAGCUGUGUGGGGAGAGACAGUUCUGGACCUGUCUAGAUCUGUCUGUAUUUCUCUAUCCCAGGAUGAGAUGUGGUGAAGUUGAAGACAGGCCUGAAGGAGACAGACAGCAUGUCAUUCGGGACAGGCCUGAAGGAGACAGGCAGCAUAUCAUUUCGGGACAGGCCUGAAGGAGGCAGGCAGCAUAUCAUUUCGGGACAGGCCUGAAGGAGACAGGCAGCAUAUAAUUUCGGGACAGGCCUGAAGGAGACAGACAGCAUAUCAUUUCGGGACAGGCCUGAAGGAGACAGGCAGCAUAUAAUUCAGGACAGGCCUGAAGGAGACAGACAGCAUAUCAUUUCGGGACAGGCCUGAAGGAGACAGGCAGCAUAUCAUUCGGGACAGGCCUGAAGGAGACAGGCAGCAUAUCAUUUUGGGACAGGCCUGAAGGAGACAGGCAGCAUAUAAUUUCGGGACAGGCCUGAAGGAGACAGGCAGCAUAUAAUUUCGGGACAGGCCUGAAGGAGACAGGCAGCAUAUAAUUUCGGGACAGGCCUGAAGGAGACGGGCAGCAUAUCAUUCAGGACAGGAGUGUGAAGCAUUAGCAAGUGACUGUUCAAUCCUCUGGGCCACAUGAUGCAAACCACGUCCAACGACUCCAGAGCUGUUUGGACGUGUGACACCGAUACCAGCCUGGUUCCGCUGUGCCGUUGGCUAGAGAUCACUCACUAUACAUGGUGGUAGUUGUGUGAAGUUGGCCUUAGUUUAACCAAGCAAACAGGGUUGUAUAAUGUUCAUGUUUAUGCAGGACUAAUUGUUGUCGAUGAUGUCUUUUCCCUGUACACUUAGGGGGAGUUUCCCGGACAACAAAUCCUGGACUAAAAAGUCUAAAUCAAUAGAUGAUCUCCAUUUGAAAGUCCAUGAUUAUUCUUUGUUCGGGAAAUCGUCAUUUGAAGACAAAGUAGGUAGCUACUAGCUAGUUAAUGAGGUAAAACUUGACAGGAUGGUUCUACUGUCUGUAGGCCUGAAUAUCAUGGUUAUAAUUACCACAUAAAGGAUAUGACUCAGUAUGUAGACCUAAAGGAUAUGACUCAGUAUGUAGACCUAAAGGAUAUGUAGACCUAAAGGAUAUGACUCAGUAUGUAGACCUAAAGGAUAUGUAGACCUAAAGGAUAUGUAGACCUAAAGGAUAUGUAGACCUAAAGGAUAUGACUCAGUAUGUAGACCUAAAGGAUAUGUAGACCUAA